AUGGCCUGCCCCUUGCAGUCCGGCUUCCCCGCUCGCACGAACAGCCGCCUGGAUGUGUUCCUGCGGCGGCAUCUGCCGCCCGAGGUCUACGACGCGGUCCGCGCCUAUGAGCCAUGCAUCGUGGUGUCCAACUCGGAGAACCACACCCUCAAGUACGUGGUGCUGAGCGACCGGCUCAUCUACCUAACCGAGAACCCGCCCAAGUCCAUCCGGCGGGUAGUGGCUCUGCGGGACGUCGUGGCCAUUGACCUGCCAUGCAUCGUGGUGUCCAACUCGGAGAACCACACCCUCAAGUACGUGGUGCUGAGCGACCGGCUCAUCUACCUAACCGAGAACCCGCCCAAGUCCAUCCGGCGGGUAGUGGCUCUGCGGGACGUCGUGGCCAUUGACCUGGUGAGCGGCGCAGGUGGGCAGGCGGGCUCCGGAGCUCACAUUGCUCUCACCAUGGCUCUCAGCAAUGCUGAUGUGCAAAAGCAGAUAAAGCAUAUGAUGGCUUUCGUUGAACAAGAAGCCAAUGAGAAAGCAGAAGGAAUAGAUGCAAAGGCAGAAGAAGAGUUCAACAUAGAGAAAGUCAAGGAAGAAAAGAAUGGCCUUGCCUUUUGGAGAAUCAAAGAGCCCAGAAGCCUGAAUGAAUCUCUUCUCAGGGACCAGCAGGAGAGCAGUACACCGUCCAAGAACUCAACUCUCUGUCCGCGUCCAGGCGUCCAAAAGCUGUCCCUUCAUGGCCAAGGUGCCUUUCGACCCCUACCUUCCCCCUCCAGGAGGAGCUCUCAGUCUGCACCAGCAACUGGCAAGGCUGUCAGCGAGCCAUCUUGCACAACAAACACAAAAGAACCCCAGGGACUUCCAGAUCACAACAACUCCAUAAGUGAAAUUCCUUUCAAGUGCAGUGGGAACGGAAAUGAGUUUUACUUAGGAAAUUCCCUCCUAGAUUCCCCUUCGCAGAGCAACUCAAAUUUAGAGAAAAAGGAGUCAGAACUUCAUUUGUAUGUUAUUUCCACAACCUCAUCAAUAUUCCUGCACUUAAAAAGUUCAUGGAACAAUUAUAAUAUAAAAGCUACCCUUUUACAAGAUCCCUUCUAUGUUAGUAAGUUCAGUCCCGCUAUUGGAAGUCAAAAGCCAUAUAGAUCUGAGGAGAAAAUUAAACACUUCAGUCAACUUAAAUCUGAACUUUUUCUUAAAGACAAUUCUUUGAGGAGGAUACUUCCUUUAAUUAUGGAGCUUAAAGUAGCAGCCCAGAAAAACUUCAUUCUGAAAAGGCUUUUCUGGAAGACCAGUGACCUUUUCUAUUUCCUAGUAAACAAACUUCAUGAGUACUUGCCAGAUUCUAGGGAUAAGAAUGCACUUCAAAAUCAAAGCCAAAGGGUUGAUGAGCUGGUGGCAUGCAUUGAAAUUAUACAGACCCUAGUAUUAAUGUUCAGAGAAACAGAAACUGAGUCAUCACGCCUGAACACAUUGGCAGCUAAGAAGGGAACACUAUUUAAUCUCUUGGUAAUUUUAAUUAGUGAGCCUCAGAUUCCAAAAUCUUGUCCUGUGUUUGAUAUCCAGUUGGUGGCUGAUUCAGCUUUAGUCAGAAUGUCUUUUGAUGCUAAGUUACAGAAGCUUAUUCUGGAGUAUACAAAUACCGCUACAGCACUUUUAUAUGAGAUACUUCUUGUCUUUCAGCAGGGAAAUCUCGGAUUGGGAUCCACAAAGUUUGCUAUUAGCUGGAUGAUGUCCUUUCUACAAAGCUGUCCUCCCAUCAUUACUUUUGUGGCCAGUAUUGUGAAACAAGUGGUGAGGGGGCUUUCAGCUUCAUUUCAGCUGCUAACUCCCUGCCAAGCAGUUCUGUUGUACCAGCAAUUUUACAUCCUCAAGAGCUGUCUGCAGCACAGCAGGACUCUAGCUGAGUAUAUUAAGAAUAACUACAGAGAAGAAUUCAGGUACUUUAUUCACAUGCCAGCCUUGCAGAAAAGGCUCCCAUUGUGUUACCCCAUUACUCAACCUACCACUCAACUUUUUCAUGAAGUUCUGAAAUUGGUUGAAUAGAAACAAUGUACACAAUGUUAAUAAGAGUAUAAAAUGUUAAUCAAGAGUCAACUUGAUAUUCAUGAGAAACAUUUUUUGAUUUGUUUAAUAUCUGGCUAUCUCUGAGUCCUAUAAACAAAGAUUUUAAUUGAAUGUUCCAUCAAUACCUCUCUAUGAGAAGUUUAAAAUUUUUAAAAAUAAAUUUGCUUUAUU